AUGCCCACUUCUUGUCUCGCUCCUUGCCCUGCAAUCCACUCUGUUUUGCAUCUUCUCAUUGCCCUCUGCACUCCUCUGCCUUCACAUCCCCAUCCUUUCCCUCCUCCCUUCUCCGUCCUAAUCUGCCCCCUCUCGUCCCAGCAGGUCGCUCACACGGGAGCAGCAGUACCUGCUUACACGGGAGCACCAGCAGCACCUGCUCUCCACACAACCCACCUGCAGCUAAUUCUCUCCUUGCCGGUUGAGGGGAGGGGUGUGGGGGUCAACACCGCCACUUCCCUGCGCUCCUCCCCUGUGGCCAUGCAGGUCCUUCCCUUCAAGCCGUACGCCACUCUGCAUCCAGGUCUGCACCACCACGCCUCCAACUUUCAGCUAACACUUUUUCCCCUUGCUGCCUACUCACCAGCUCUCCGUGUGUGCCUUGCAGAUGGGGGGGAGGGGCGUGGGGGUCAGCACCGCCAUUCCGCACGCCUCUCCCCGGUGGCCGUGUGCAGGUGUGCAGGUACCCCCUCAGGUGCAGGUGUGCAGGUACCCCCUCAGGUGCAGGUGUGCAGGUACCCCCUCAGGUGCAGGUGCAGGUGUGCAGGUACCCCCUCAGGUGCAGGUGUGCAGGUACCCCCUCAGGUGCAGGUGUGCAGGUACCCCCUCAGGUGCAGGUGCAGGUGUGCAGGUACCCCCUCAGGUGCAGCUCUGAGUGUGUGCCUUGCAGGUGGAGGGGAGGGGGGGGGUUUACACCGACACUUCCCCACGCCCCUCCCCUGUGGCCGUGCAGGUACCCGUGGGGAGGGGAGGGAGGCAGCACUGCCAAGCGCUGCCACAAGGGAGAGUAUCGGGCUGGGCUUGGCCUCUCAAGGUACCCCCUCAGGUGCAGGUGUGCAGGUACCCCCUCAGGUGCAGCCCUUGGGUCUGCAGUUUGUGACUUGGCCUCCACCAGUGGCCCCUCCCCUCUCCCGCCUUGCAAAUGCCGUUCCCUCUCUUGCACUUUCACUAUUCAUCCCCUCGCUGACCACUGACCAGCUCUGUGUGUGUGCCUUGCAGGUGGCAGUGGUGGGAGGGGAGGGGGCAGUACUCCACUCGGCUGGGGCGGGAAGGGAAACAAGGUCACUUGGGGAGAGGGGAGGGAGGCAGCACUUGACUCAGCUGGCAUGGGAUGGGAAAGUAUCGGGAUGGGUUGUCUGA